AACCACCCAACUCUAUAAAUUGCACUCACUAAUUGAGUCACUCAUUAAUUUGGUCCCUGUUUAUAAACAUCUUCCCCUGCAAGCUUUACUUUUUGCACUACACCAUUCAUCAAUGGCUGCAGCUCCAAGUGACUCCAUACCCUCUCUAAUGGGGGCUUGGGUCUAUUCAGAGUAUGGAAAAACUUCUGACGUUCUCAAGUUUGAUCCUAGUGUGGCUGUUCCGGAAACUAAAGAGGAUCAGGUGCUGAUCAAGGUGGUUGCUGCUUCUCUUAACCCAGUUGAUUUCAAAAGGGCUCUUGGUUACUUCAAGGACACUGACUCUCCCCUACCUACUGUGCCAGGGUAUGAUAUGGCUGGUGUGGUGGUGAAGGUGGGAAGCCAAGUAACAAAGUUUAAGGUGGGGGAUGAAGUAUAUGGGGAUAUCGAUGAAACAGCAGUGGUGAACCCAACAAGGUUUGGGUCUUUGGCAGAGUACACUGCUGCAGAAGAAAGAGUAUUGGCUCACAAACCCAAAAACCUGAGCUUUAUUGAAGCUGCUAGCCUUCCCUUAGCCAUUGAGACUGCCUAUGAUGGGCUUGAAACAGCCGAACUUUCUGCUGGUAAAUCCAUCCUUGUUUUGGGAGGCGCUGGGGGUGUCGGAACGCAUGUUAUCCAGCUAGCAAAGCAUGUUUUUGGUGCUUCCAAAGUGGCAGCUACUGCAAGCACUAAGAAACUGGAUUUUUUGAGAAGCUUGGGUGCUGAUUUGCCUAUCGAUUACACCAAGGUGAACAUCGAAGACCUGCCAGAGAAAUUUGAUGUAGUGUAUGAUGCAGUUGGAGAGACUGACAAGGCUGUGAAGGCGGUGAAAGAAGGCGGGAAGGUAGUAACAAUAGUAGGUCCAGCAACGCCACCAGCUAUCUUAUUUCUGCUUACCUCUAAAGGGUCUAUCUUGGAGAAACUGAAGCCUUACUUGGAAAGUGGGAAGGUGAAGCCAGUGCUUGAUCCCACAGGUCCAUAUCCCUUUUCUAAAGUUGUGGAAGCAUUUGGUUACCUUGAGACUUUCAGAGCUACAGGAAAGGUGGUUGUGUAUCCCAUCCCAUGAGGUUGAGACUGUAUGUGUAGAUGAUCUAUAACUCUAAAUGCAGAUCGACUCCAUUUCCCUCCUUGUAUGUGUGCAGCAGUAUGUUUUAAUCUUGAAGACUUGUAAUAAUGACUGCUCAAUAAAUUGUAAUUGUGUA